AUGAAUUACAUCGUUCCGCUCAUUGGCAUGUUCAAUGUCAUCGAUGUCACAGUCGCACCUAAGUGCAUUCGGUCGAAACCAUUUGGACUCGUCCACAAGUUUAUAGAAGGCGAAUCGUUUGAAGUACUUCACACAACGACAAUGCGAGAUAUCAGCUCGCUGUUCGAUGCAGAUGAUAGAUUGGUGUACGCUAAGAAUCCGUUUGCAAAUAGAUCGAAUGAUCAUAUUUGUUAUGAUGCCGUUUUGAUUUUCAUUCUUGUUGAAUUCGACUUCCUAAAAGGUGAGCACAUUGGUGCGGCACUCCUUACUUGUUACGAUAAUGAGGGCAACAAACUACAAGAUAUUGGUUACGUUAUUGGAUAUGAUGGCAAACAACCAAACAGACUACUUGUUAGUAAAAUAAUAGACGUACGCGGUGCGAUUCACGGUGAUUGUCAGGAGGAUCCACGACUAUCAAGUUUGAUGUUAAUAUCGUCAGGAACUCAUAUGCUGCAUUUCACACAUAUCUACGUACUUAUCAUUACAUUGAUAGCCGUUUUCCAUUAUUUACACUAA